AUGCGGAUCCCUCAUGACUAUCAUGCUCGUAUUCGCUUUCCUGGGGAUGGUUCAGUUUGGCUCCUUCGAGUAUCUCGAAUUAGUAGCAGCAUCUCGCAAUCCCUUGCUGACUACCUCAUUUAUAUGUUUGGUUAUGGCCUUGCUAACGACAAGAACAACAUUGUGGGUAAUAUGCAGGGACCGCAUGGGAAGCGAUUUGCAGAUGAUACAGAGAAGAAAAGGGUGUGGGAUGGUUUGGCAGAAAUUCUGAUUGAGAUCCAGCGUCAUCCGUUUCAGAGGCAGGAUCUCUUCUCCCAGGUCCUUCGCCUUCCAAGCCGUAUAGUCUCUGCUAAUGCCAGUGAACGAUUCCUCGUUCAGAGUCCUUCAGGGCACUUUGAUAAAGUGAGCGAUUAUUACACUUCAUUCAUGGAGCAAAACAUGGCUCUCAUUGCUGUUGGUCAACUUUUCACAUCUUUUCCGGUGAAUGCCUACCUGGUAUUUUCAUUCCUGAAAUCCCAAAUCCCGGCUCUUCCGGCAAACCUGGGCCCUGAUUCAUCGGCCGCCACGGAGCAAUUCUAUAUCAAGUACAUGGAUGAUAAGGGAGACCAGCUGAUGGUGGAUGACGAGCCCAAUAUCAUUGGAAUCAUAGAUUGGCAAAUGCCUCGUGUAGUCCUUGCCAGUGAGGCAUUUGGACCGUCUCCCGUGACGGCAGAAAUGGGUGUUACCUACAAUGGAAAGUCGUCCUUGACUAUCCAUGAUCACGCCUUAGCUCGCUUUUUGAAAGUGAAGGGAGCAGCUGACUUAGCUGAGAUCAUGAGCAAAGAUGAGAGGCUGCGAAUAUUCUUCUUCUGUCUUGAUGUUGAUCUUCCCUGGAAUGAAUCACUGCUCUUAAUCCGUGGCAUCUGGACCUGCAUUCAUGAUGGACGCCUGAAACGUAUCGUUGAUAGAUUCGGCGAAGGUCCAUGA